GCCCACCGCAGCGUCCCCGACGGGUAUGGGAAAAAAGCCGCGACGGGGCGGCCGCGGCCUGCGUCGCUAGGGGGAGGCACGGCACCGGCAGACCGGCAUGAGGAGCGGCGGCUCCGCGAGAGGGCGGUCGCCGAGGGGGUUGGUGGUGGAAGGAGCGGAAGGCAGAGGCACCCCUCAGCCGGCGGCGCCGAGCCCCCCGUCCCGGUUUUACUUUCCGUUUGGGGGCCACCUUCCCCGGCGGGCUUGAGGGAGAGGUUUAUUGGUGUGCCUGUGUCUGUCCCCAGAGGGCGCGGGGAGGACGCGCCAGCUGGCGGACAGGAGGGCGCGGAGACAGCCCUGUCACGGGAGGAGGAGGAGGUGGCUACGAAAAGGAGGAGGAGAAGCCGGCGCGGAGCCUCGCCUUUCUUCGCCUCGUAGCCUCUUCGCUGUUGCCACUUCGUCGUCCCUGGCCGCCGGAAAGACCGGCGGCCGCCCGUCCUCAUGAUGGCCUCAACCGCCACUUGCACCCGGUUCAGUGACGAAUACCAGCUCUUCGAGGAGCUCGGGAAAGGGGCAUUCUCCGUCGUGAGGAGGUGUAUGAAAAUCACUACAGGACAAGAGUACGCAGCCAAAAUUAUCAACACCAAAAAGCUUUCAGCUAGGGAUCACCAGAAACUGGAAAGAGAAGCUAGAAUCUGUCGCCUCUUGAAGCAUCCCAAUAUUGUGCGGCUUCAUGACAGCAUAUCAGAAGAAGGAUUCCAUUACUUAGUCUUUGACUUAGUCACUGGAGGUGAAUUAUUUGAAGAUAUAGUUGCAAGAGAAUAUUAUAGUGAAGCAGAUGCUAGUCAUUGCAUUCAGCAGAUCCUGGAGGCCGUGCUACACUGCCAUCAGAUGGGCGUAGUCCAUCGGGACCUCAAGCCUGAGAACUUACUUCUAGCUAGCAAAUCCAAGGGAGCAGCAGUAAAAUUGGCGGACUUUGGAUUAGCUAUAGAAGUCCAAGGAGAACAACAGGCUUGGUUUGGCUUUGCUGGUACUCCAGGAUACCUUUCUCCAGAGGUUUUACGGAAAGAUCCUUAUGGAAAACCUGUGGAUAUGUGGGCAUGUGGUGUCAUUCUGUAUAUCCUCCUGGUGGGAUAUCCUCCAUUCUGGGAUGAAGACCAGCACAGGCUUUACCAGCAAAUCAAGGCGGGUGCUUACGAUUUUCCCUCACCAGAAUGGGAUACAGUGACUCCUGAGGCAAAAGACCUUAUCAAUAAAAUGCUUACUAUCAACCCAGCAAAACGUAUCACAGCAUCAGAAGCACUGAAGCAUCCAUGGAUCUGUCAACGCUCUACUGUUGCCUCUAUGAUGCACAGACAAGAGACUGUAGAUUGCUUGAAAAAAUUCAAUGCAAGAAGAAAACUAAAGGGGGCCAUUUUGACAACUAUGCUGGCUACCAGAAAUUUCUCAGCAGCCAAGAGUUUACUGAAAAAGCCAGAUGGAGUUAAGAAAAGGAAGUCCAGUUCGAGUGUUCAGAUGAUGAUAAACAACAAAACGAACGUGGUAACCAGCCCCAAGGAAAAUAUUCCUACCCCGGCGCUGGAGCCCCAAACUACAGUAAUCCACAACCCUGAUGGAAAUAAGGAGUCAACAGAGAGUUCCAAUACAACCAUUGAAGAUGAGGAUGUGAAAGCUCGUAAGCAGGAGAUUAUCAAGGUUACUGAGCAGUUGAUUGAAGCUAUCAACAAUGGGGACUUUGAAGCUUACACAAAAAUCUGUGAUCCAGGCCUUACAUCUUUUGAACCUGAAGCAUUGGGUAAUCUAGUAGAAGGGAUGGACUUUCACCGGUUUUACUUUGAAAAUGCUUUAUCAAAAAGUACCAAACCAAUCCACACCAUUAUCCUCAAUCCUCAUGUGCACCUGGUGGGUGAUGAUGCUGCUUGCAUUGCAUAUAUCCGGCUCACACAGUACAUGGAUGGAAGCGGAAUGCCAAAGACUAUGCAGUCAGAGGAAACGCGUGUCUGGCACCGUCGUGAUGGAAAGUGGCAGAAUGUUCAUUUUCACCGUUCAGGGUCACCAACAGUACCCAUCAACUAAAAAUAUCAGCGAUGCCACUCUUGCAUUUUCUGUACCCAACGCACCUAGUUGAUUACCAUCUUGGCCAUCCCGUUCUCUUCAUGCAUGUUUCUGAGUGCAUGAAGUUGUGAAGGUUCUUCAUGUAACACAUUGUGAUGCAACAUGUUGCUGUAUGUACCAUCUGUACACAUUUCAAUGAAGGUGAUGUUCCAUGCAAAUAGAGAGUAACGAGGCUUAAAAGACAAAAAAAUGUUUGAUAGCCAGCAGUAGAUACAGAAUACGUGUGUCACUUUCUCCAUUUCUGCCAAGUUUUGACAGACAACUUUAAAAAUAAUCCUGUUUAUUAAAAAAGAAAAUAAAAAAAAAAAAAGUACAUUUUAUCCUCUUUUUUUAAGAACUGGUUUUUGACUCCUCCUCCAAGUCCCAAGAUUUUGCUUUGGUUCUGAUAGGAUUGGUUAGGAUUUCUGCUGGCAGCUCCGUUACUGUACAGCAGAUUUUAAUUACAGCAUGUAGAUGGACAAAAUUACUGAUAAAUGUGGAAGUGAUAAUACCUUGGCUUUGUACCAGCUGAAGCCCUCUUAGUUUAUUAGUCUGUGUAAACUGGAAAAAUUUCAUCGCUUGCUGGCUUGAUCACAACAGAAUUAACUGCUGAUGUUCUGCUGAGCCAGCAGCUUCUUUUUUUUCUUUUGAGUCUCUACCUUUUCUUCCUUACUAUGCUAAUUGAAGAUUUCUAUUGGAUGACUAAAGCCAAAUUAAAAAUUGUAAGGAACAAAGUGAUGAUUGAGGGGCAUUGUCUGAGGAUUCAAAUGGAAAAACAGAGAUUUUUAUCACUUCUUGGGCGUACUAUAAAAUUUUUAAUAAGGCUUUAACACAUGUACCAUUUUGGUUAAGCUGUAGACCAGUUGUGUGGUUAAUACACUCCAGAAAUACUAGGCCUUAAAAGCUUAGUAUGAAGACUUUACACUGCUGCUCUUGCUUCUCUGGAAAUGUGUUAUAGAUACACCAGUUUUUCUAGUAAGACUCACACUGCACCACAGAUCAGUUUCUCCCCCCUCAAUCUGCCCUUGGUUUCUUGAUGUCCUCAGACAGCAUACAGCACCAAGGACAACAAUUUUCGCAGCAUCACCACCUUGGCUUGGUUGCUGGACACUCAUGCGCUGCAUGGGGAGUGCUCGCGGUUCCAGAUGCAAACUUUGUAACGGGGACUAGUUUUGCUUCCCUUAUAUUGUUGUGAAAACACACCCCUGCAACCAGUUAGGUUUAUUCCCUUUCAGUUUUUAAAAUGGAAAAGUUUCCUGAUUUGUACCAUUUCACCUUUUUGUGCUGAUUACUAAUCAAAAACAGUUCUUAAACAUUUUGAUGUUGUUACUAGUGGAUGUAUGGUAGAUGGAUUUAAGCUUCUCUGAUAAUUCAUGAUUUUAAACAAUAUAUAUUUAAAAUACGCAUCUACAAUAAAUGUGUUGAGCCAUAUUAACCUGCCAAUGGGAUGUAAUAAAAGUAAUGGCCUCAUUUUUUUCUGAUUAAUUUUUUUUUUUUUUUUGGUGAAGCAGCUAUAAGUGGCAUAACUGUAUGUAAGAUUAAUAAAUUAGGUGUAGGGUGUUUUUUAUACUUCUAACAUAGCAUGUGGUGUUGACAUAAUACUAUAGACCAACUUUGUCUUCCACACCAAGAUGUGAGGAAAUUGUGAUUUAUUCUCUCCGUCACAACCAAGUUACACGCUUCCGUCAUUUUGGAACACUGCAGUUUACCAUGGGACACAGUGUACAUAUUUCUUGCCAUAAUGGUAAAUGAUUGAUAUAUUUAAGGAUUAAUAAAUUUGUGAUUUCUGCUGA